GGGAAGCGGAACAUUUCCCUUCCGUUCGUUCCCCGAAGCGGAGCGGUUCGGGGAUGGUGCAGCUGUACAACCUGCACCCGUUCGGGUGGCAGCGCGUGGUGCCGUGCCGCCGCGAGCCCUCGCGCUUCUGCUGCGCCCGCGGGGACCUGCUGGUGGCCAGCGCGGCCGGGGGGUGCGGCCUGGAUGCCUUCGCCCUGCGCGGGGCCGGCCCCGAACCCCUCGGCUCCUUCGCCACGCUGGGACCCGUGCGGUGCAUGGAACACAGCGCCAAGGGAGACUAUCUGGUGACCAUUGAAGAAAAAGGCAAAGCCACUUUCCUGAGGGCGUACGUCAACUGGAGAUGCAUGUCUGCGGGGAGCGCUCGUGUCUGUGUGCGGAUGGUUGGUCACAAGGUGGAAGAGUCGUACAGCGAAGCCUUAAAAGAACAGAUGUCCAUUGUGGAAAUGCCGCUUUCGGAUCCUCCACUGUGCAUUUCCUGUUGUCCUGUAACCGGAGAUCUCCUUGUGGGCUGCAAGAAUAAACUGGUCCUGUUCUGUUUGAAAUACCGGGUCGUAAACCGGAAUUUGACUGUGUUAGACUUUGAACGCUCCUUAAUUUUACACAUUGAUAACUUCAUUCCUGCUGAAGUGGCGUUUUGUGCCGGACAUAUCGCCAUAACAACGGAGCUGGAUGUUCUGAUCCUGAAACUGGAAGUGGUCCAGCAAAGCGCAGAUGGAACAGAGCGCAGUGGACAUCAAAUCAGUACACUGGAAAGCCCUGGGGGCGGAGGUGUGGAAGUUGAAAGCUCUUCGACACAUAAUUUGCAGCCUGAAUUAGAUGAGUUCAUCAUAUGUCAGAAGCCUGUGGAGCUGCUUGGGGAAGAAAGUAAGUUCUGUGACAUCCCCGUCACCCUGGAAUCCACGGAGUUACCUACAGAAGACACAAAGCACUUCCAAGUCCGGUAUCUGCUUUUCAGGCGUUUUACACCUGACCAGUCGCCUUUUGUGUUUUGUGAAGAGACAAAGUUGCACUCCCUUCAACUGCUCCCUGUGUAUCAGACAGGAAAUUCUGUGAAGGCUGACGAGGAAACUGAGAACAAGAGAGAGCUACUGAGUCUCUUCUGCUUUUUCUCUUUGCCUCACGCUGGGUAUCUCUACUCUAUUGGGAAGUCAGUAGAACUGAUUUCUACUUACCAAUAUUCAGAGAAGUCGGAACAGGCAGUUCUCACUCCACAGUUCCUGCAUGUCAUCACAAGUGAGAGCCUGCAGUGUUUCACAGUGCGGUGCAGCGCAGCAGCAGCUCGUGAUGAGGAUCCGUACAUUGAUACCACCGUCAAGGCUUGUCCACCAGUGUCACUGGAUGUCUGCACAUUAAGGAUGCAGCUUUUCAUAGGACCGAGAGCUCUCUGUCAUUUCAAAAACAAUAUCAUUCUUUUGACUAAGGCAGACACGGAAGAUAUUACUGAAAGAAGAAAACCUACAAGAAGGAUGCUUUCCAGAAAGGCAGACAGCAUCAAAUCCAGAACAGAUUCUGAGUCAGAGCCUGGUUGGAAUCUGUAUAUUAUAAACACGGUUUCAACCAUUCAGCUCUACAGAGAAAUGGUGGAUUAUAGCAGAACUUACAAGAACGUGAGAACGGAGAGUUGCAUCCAUCUUCUCAGUGAGGCGCACUUGCUGGUCAGAGCAGCUCUGAUGGACCCCAGCGUCCUCACCUCAGAGGAGAAAGAAGAACUGCAAACAGCUUUCAGAGAGAGUUGUGCCUUCUUAGGAGACUGCUACAGCAGGUUUGACACAAAGGAUUACCACCUGGCUUUGCCGUACUACAGAAUGUCAGGUUUAUCCAUGACUGAAGUUUUAAAGAGACUCGUUUCAGAAGGGGCUGAAAUACAGACAUAUGAGAGAGGAUUUAUAUUUUACUUAACUCAUAGUCUUAAUGAAGACUUAAGUGAAGAAUUAAGUAAGGAACUGGCGAAUCAGGUUCUCCAAAUAUUCUACCUUGCUGACCCUGUGCAGCUGCCUCAUAUCCUCUGCAGCCCCUGCAUGAGAAACGUGUGUCCUUCGACAGCUGUGAAGUAUCUUCAGAAAGUCGAAAAGACGCUGCCCUCAGUGGUACUGACGCUCACUAAGGCCUUUAUGGCUCUGAAAAUGGGAGACCUCGUGAUGUAUGAACAUGAGAUGGACUCCUAUAAGGAGACAAUACUGGCUUGUGGCUUCAUUGGGCAACCAAAACUCUUGAUUCAGCGUAAAGACGGAGUUGUUCUUCCAACUGAAUUUGCUGUUCAUCUGAAGGAGAUGCAGCCUGGUUUACUGGUGGCUGCCAUUGUGGCUUUACAUGAGAAUAGUAAAAUUGAACUGGAAGAAGCAGAUCUCUUUUUCAAGAUGUUGUGUAGCGACAGUGAAAACGCCACUCCUCAGCUCUUGGUGGAUUUCUGGGAAGCUCUUCUUGUAGUGUGCUCUCAGGAAGAAAUACUUGAGGAGCUUUUGUUGAGGGUUGCUUCUCAGUAUGUUUGGAGGAUAUCGAAGAAGCAGCUUCCUGAGACAAAGCCAUUGAAAACAACUGAGGAUCUGAUAAACUCCUGUAAUCAUUUUGGGUUGAUUUUCCCAUGGGUGUCAUCCAUAAUGUCAGUGGGAUCUCCAUCUGAUGAAGGUUACCAUGAAGAUAUCUCAAAACUGCAGUCUCUUUUGUGCGGUCAGUCAGUCAAUAUCGCUUCAGCUCUGCCUGUCUUGGAGCCUCUGGCAGAGGUUGGCGCUGUCGGCCUCACCGUCCGUGUUCUCUGCAAUACCCGUCAGGGCAAAUAUGAGGAGGCCCUUGACCAGCUCCUCAAGAGGUGUCCUGAUGCGGCUGUGUCGUACGCUCAGCAUGAGCUGAAAGGUGACAGUCGGGCUGUGUGGUGGAACAAGCUGCUUCCUGAACUUUGCAAGAGAAUCCGCCUUACUGGAAAUGGCUGCCCUGUUCUUAUUUCAUCACUGAAAGAAACUUUAUCUGUUGUUGCAAUGGAGCUGGAACUCAGGGAUUUCCUCAGUCUUCUGCCAGAGGAUGGAACUGCAGCAUUUUUCCUGCCGUAUCUUCUUCACUGUAGUCAGAGGAAGCUGUUGACCUAAACCACUGAAAGUCUGCUCUGCAUUUGGAUACAAAUAAUGUGCUGGAAUAAAAAAGUAAAAGAAACAAACGGUAGAACUCCGUAUAAGGAAGGUACUGUGGGACUCCCCUCAGAUAAAUUACCUUAUUUCUCAGUUGAAACCUUACGACAACCUCGGCCAGCAGGUUGAGGGAGGUGGUUCUGCCCCUCUAUUCCUCUCUUGUGAGACCUCAGCUGGAGUAUUGCGUCCAGUUCUGGAAUCCUCAACAUAAGGAGGUAGAGCUAUUGGAACAGGUCCAGAGGAGGCUACAAGGAUGAUCCUAUGGCUGGAACACCUUCCAUACAAGAACAGGCUGAAAGAGUUGGGGUUGUUCAGCCUGGAGAAGAGAAGGCUCAGAGGAGACCUUAUAGCAACCUUUCAAUACCUGAAGGGGCUACAGGAAAGCUGGAGAGGGGCUGUCCACAAAGGCUUGUGGGGAUAGGACGAACGGCAACAGGGAUAAACUGGAGAGGGGCAGAUUUGGACUAGAUGUAAGGAGGAAUUUCUUCACGAUGAGGGUGUUGAGGCACUGAAACAGGUUUCCUAAGGAAUUGGUGGCUGCCCCAUCCCUGGAGGGGUUCCAGGCCAGGUUGGAUGGGGCUUGGAGCAGCCUGAGCCAGUGGGAGGUGUCCCUGCCCAUGGCAGGGGGGGGACGGGGACUGGAUGGGCCUUGAGGUUCUGAAGCUAAUCCUGUCGCACUCUGACAAAGGUCAGCAAGCCAGAACUGCUGCCAGCUAUAAUGGAAUAGCAGUGGGAAACAUUGCUAUUCUGCUGUUCUGACGGAUCCCUCAUCUCUUCGACGGGGGUGAACUUAAGGCUAAAGCAGCUGGAAACUACACUUGGACAUACAAUGUUCACUGAAAGUAAAGCAGGGAGUCAGUCUUCAUUCUGUGUUCGUUGGCUGGGUCGCUGUCCUAGGGAGGGGUUUAAGCUCAGGCAGUUGUUGACCUGUGUGAGUAAAAGCAAGUGCCUUGCUCUGCCAAGUGGAACUGGGCCCCACUUCCUUCAUUUUGCAACGCCUUGGAUUCCAGCUGGCAAACCCAGUCAGCUGCUCUGUCGUCUCCAUUGCGUAACCAUGCAUGUGUUACGCUGAAGAUCUUUCCCUUUAGCAAUUCACAAAAAAGGCCAUAAAUCAAAGACAAAUGGGAGUGUUCCCCAAGGCGAGUGGAACCCUUGCUGGGUUUUGUUCUCUCUCUUCUCCUGUUGUAUUCAGCCAGUAGACGAGCAUUGGAAAUAUCCCUAGGUCACAAAUCCAGCUGGAAACUUAAUUUCUUCUAGGUUUUCUGGUAAGCAUCUCAGGUAGUUCUGUAUUUGUGCACUGCUGUUUGUCUUUCUGUUGGGCAGAAAACCUGGUCCUGUUCCUUCAGCUGGAAUUGAGGCUUAAUAAACUGUCACAAUGUUUAUGAUCUUCUUAUGAAGAAAUGAGUUUUUUAUUUUUGCAAGCUGACCACAAAGAAAACAAUGACUCUGCAAUCCCAUAACCAUCUAAGAGCCUCAGCAGCUGACACUGCCUCUCGGAAAUCCAUAUUCACUGGAGGUUUCAUGUGCCUUAAACCUGUAGAAAGCAGGCAGAAGGGAUCAUCUACAUGGCAAGUAAAAUAUAUUAGAGAAAGGAAAAAAAUAGUGUAACUUGUUUGUGUAGUGUUCC